UCGUCGCAUCUUGACUGCUUGUCUGCUCUCGUUUCUGGCUCUGCUCGGCUCAGUCUCCGUCAACCUCAGCUCCAACUUGGACCUGCUGCGCGCCACAGAGGCCGCUGUCACCGAGCUGACUUCAUGCAGGACUACUGCUAUUCUCCAACUCAUAGGGGAACUCCAAAACAGGAGAAGUCUAUGCAGAAAGUACAGGAGUAACGAGACACACCAAGAAAAGUGUACAAGUCCACUGACUAGCAUUUUACCAGUGAUUAUUAGACUUUGCACUGAUAUGGAGGGCCACAGAAACAGUCAGGGUCACCCAUGCAGCGAGGAGUUGGUGGAGUUCUCCCAGAAACUUAGGGAAGAUUUGACAGAAUUUCUGAACACAACAUGGGGAGUUGAGGACAACAAUGACAUGUCCGUGUUCUCUUUGACCAUUGUUAGACUCCUGGACAUUUGGGGGGACAUGGAACAGGACAUUAGUCAGGUCAAGCAGUUUUCAGACUGGAAAGAUGUCCUCUCACUGAGACUGAUGGUCACAUUUCUGGAACUCAACCACCAGUUCAGUGAAUUCCCUUCCGUAGGAACCCAAGCUGACUUUCACAAGAAGUGGAUCCAUGCCCUCAGCCGUCUAGCCUUUGCCCAGCUCUUGUCAGAAACGCUAGAGGACUGCUGGGUGGAGAACGUUCACCUAAAGCUCAACCUGACCAACAGCCUCAAAGUCGACCCAUACAUCUUUGACUCCACCCCCUGGCAGAUCCCAGCGGUUGACACGAUGGAAACAGUGGACAUCCUCACAGGCUCUCAGACUGGCAUCCAGGCUCUGAGGGAUACCCAGGCGUGCCUGCUGGCUGGGGCGUUGCCAGCUCUGAAGCUCCGAUCCAGGGUCAUGUUCUCAGGGCUCAGCAUGCGGAUCUCCCUGUUGACAUUGGCCUGCCUGAUCUAUCCGCUGGUGCUGGUGUCCUUCAAGCAGAUGACGGAGUGGAUCCAGAACUAUGCAUGCAGUCUGCAGGAAAGAACCGAGGACCUGAAGCGCCAGAGACAGCUGGCCGAGGACCUCCUGCACCAGAUGCUGCCCAAGACAGUAGCCAAGCAGCUGAGACAGCAGAAGCACGUGGAGGCGGAGAGCUAUGAGAAGGUGACUAUUUUCUUUUCUGAUAUCGUUGGUUUCACCACUAUCUCGGCCUCCUGCACCCCUCUGCAAGUCGUGGAGAUGCUGAACAACCUGUACAUGUGCUUCGACACUCGCAUCGACUCCUAUGAUGUCUACAAGGUGGAAACGAUAGGAGAUGCCUACAUGGUGGUGAGUGGGCUGCCUGAGAGGAAUGGGGACAAGCACGCAGAUGAGAUCGCCAAGAUGUCGCUGGACCUGGUGGCAGCAGUUCGACAGGUGGCAAUCCCCCACAUGCCCAACAAGAGACUGCAGCUUCGCGCAGGCAUACACACAGGUCCAUGUGUGGCAGGUAUUGUCGGCUACAAGAUGCCCAGAUACUGCCUGUUUGGAGAUACUGUCAACACAGCCUCUAGAAUGGAGUCCACCAGCCUGCCUCAGAGGAUCCACGCCAGCUCAGCCGUAUACCUGGCUCUGAUGAAGGACGGUGCCUACGAGCUCCAGCUGAGAGGAGAGAUCGAGGUGAAGGGUAAAGGGAAAAUGAACACAUAUUGGCUGAUCGGACACAAGAACUACAGUGUUCAGAACGACAGUCUUGUGUGCCACUGGAACCCCAAUCUAGCCAGAAAAAAGAAGACAUUGGUGGGGAGCGACAUUUCUAUGGCGAACUCCUGUGUGACAGUGCAGAGCCUCAGUGAGAAUGCUACCACUCCCGUGCCUCAGGGCUCCAAGGCCCAGCAGGGGGCCCUGUGUGUGUCCGUGUCAGCCCAGGUGGAGCACUGUGCCAGCAGCUUCGGCACCCUGGGCUCCAUGAUCGGGGGCCUCCAGGGACUAGAGAGCCCCAGGGAGGGGAAAGCCUGUGGGGGGACGGGAGGAGACAAACCGGACCUGCUGCCUGGAUCUGGAACCAUCCCUCAUAUGUGAUGGAGGGCUGGGAUGGUAGGAUGGACUGGGACAAGAAACUUUUCUAAAACUAUAUUGCUAUGGUUUUUUCCUCUGGCUGUUUGAGUGGAGAUUCAGAUGAUUUUAAUGAUGAUGUAAAUACAGUAUAUUUAGGGAUGUGUGAAAGAACCGCAAUGAAUAAAAGAAAGACUGUUAGUCUGAUAUCUGGUGUGGGUGUGGGUGUGUGUGUGUGUGUUUUUAUAU